CGUACGCACUGCACCGUCGUCCAGCAACAUCAACCUCGCGCGCCAACUCCGAAAAGACAGCAACAAGCUCGCCUAGAAAUAAAAUGUUCCUAGGUAGUACCUAGGCAGAGAUCUUAAACGAACAAGCGGGGCGAAAGCUUCCCCAGAUACAAGUUACCCGGAUGGGUUUUGUGAGAAAAGAAAGACUCGCAAAAUUCACGGUUGCACGUGUGUGAGAGGAUAGCCAGACUCUUGUAGCAAUGGGCAGAAAGCGUCAAAAGAAAAAGCAAGGAAAAACACCAAGAGCAGAAAAACCUCAAAAGGUUAACGGGAAUGGUGGACCUCCACUGUACACCGAGAUUGAAAGAAGCAACGAAGCAUUUGAAAAAUACUACAAGGCACAGAAUAUAGUACCUGAAAAAGAAUGGGAUGACUUCAUGGCUGCACUGCGACGUGGACUGCCUGUUGCAUUUAGAAUUACAGGAUUUCUUCCGGAAUCCAAAUACUUGCUGAACAUAAUCAAAAGUCAGUACUUUGCAGGACUUUUAAAUGUUGAUGGAGAUGAAGUAAAGGCUGGGAAGCCAUCUAACUUGACGUGGUAUCCGAAUGAACUGGCAUGGCAGCUUGAUCUGUCUCGCAUCAUGAUACGGAAAUCUGAGGCUUAUGCAAGACUCCACAGUUUCCUGAUAUCAGAAACAGACACAGGCAACAUUACUCGACAAGAAGCAGUAAGCAUGAUUCCACCUCUUCUACUUGACAUCCAGCCUCACCACAAGGUUUUGGACAUGUGUGCUGCUCCUGGCUCCAAAACAGCUCAGGUGAUGGAGAUGCUGCAUGGGCACGUGAACACAAUUCCUGAAGGAGUUGUGGUGGCCAAUGAUGUGGAUAACAAGCGCUGUUACAUGCUCGUACAUCAAGCUAAGCGGCUCCACUCCACCUGCUGCCUUGUUACUAACCAUGAUGCAGCCGCCAUGCCGAACAUGUAUCUUUCUAAAGAGGAUGGAACCCAAGAGGUUUUGAAAUAUGACAGAAUCCUUUGUGAUGUUCCUUGCACUGGAGAUGGAACUUUAAGAAAAAAUGUUGACCUGUGGAGGAAAUGGAAUGUGGCUAAUGGAAAUAGCAUUCAUGGUCUGCAAGUUCGUAUAGCACGCCGUGGCCUCGAGCUUUUGGUAGAAGGAGGUAUAAUGGUAUACUCAACAUGUUCCAUGAACCCCUUGGAGAAUGAAGCUGUGAUUUCAAGCAUCUUGCUUCAAUGUGAAGGAACCGUAGAGCUAGUUGAUGCCAGGAGCAGUUUGCCAGGCUUAGUGAGCAGCUCAGGCCUCUAUACAUGGAAAGUUUCCAGCAAAGAUAUGGCAGUUUACACCUCAUUUGAUGAAGUGCCAGAGAAGUACCACACACAGAUCAGAGCGCACAUGUUCCCUCCAUCAUCAGAGGUGGCUACGCAACUGAAAUUGGAGCGCUGCAUCAGAAUUCUUCCUCACCAACAAGACACUGGUGCAUUUUUUGUUGCUGUACUAAGGAAAAUUGCACCAAAGCUGCCAUGGGAGUCUCAACGCAAGGACAAAGGCAUGGGAGACGUUCCUGUUGAUCAAGAAGAAAAAGAAGAUACUAAAGAAGACAAAGAACCAGCUCCAAGAAAGAAACGAAGGAUCAAGGGUUACAAGGAAGAUCCUUUUGUGUUCCUUUCAGAUGAUGACAAGAUUUGGAAAACUGUACGAGAUUUCUAUGAAGUGGACCCAACUUUUCCGAACCAGCAGCUGUUGGGCCGAUGUCAACAGGAGAAAAAACGCAACAUCUACCUUGUGUCUAAGACCGUGAGGGACAUAAUUGAAUUAAACAGUGAAAGAAUUAAGGUCAUCAACACGGGUGUCAAGGUUUUUUGCCGUUGUGAAGGCAAAGAAGAGUUGGCAUGCGACUUUAGGGUUUGCCAGGAGGGUCUUCCGACAGUGCUGCCUUACUUGAACAAGAGAAAGCUGAUUAUGAGCAGGCAAGACCUUUAUGUGCUGCUUACAGAAGAAUAUCCACUUGAAACCCAGUUUUCACCAGAACUCCAGGAGCAGCUGAAAGACCUUGAAAAGGGAUGUGUGCUGCUUGUCUACACUUCAUUUCCAGGGACGGCAGAUGAAUUCGAGUUAGUUCUGGCUGGGAGGAAAGGAAAGGCGACACUGAGAUGUUACGUGACUAAGCAAGAAAGAGUUCACUAUCUUCGUGUUUGUGGCUACGACGUUUCUGAGUACGAAAAGCGUGACAGAAGGAAGAAACCAGACGAGAGCGCCACUAUGGAGGUUUUAGGAGCUGGGGAUUCGACCAAGGAUACACCAGAAGCAGUGCAAGAAAGAACAGACGACAGUUGUAAAGCACAAAAUAAUGACUAAGCACACUUUUGGUAGCACUUGCAACAUCUCUUUGUUGUGGCCUUUCUUACUUGAUUGGGACCAGAUAUCGUAACACAAAGACUUGCUCCAUGCUAUUCCACAGUGCUUGACAUUUUUCAUGUAAAGUCUUUGCAUAAAAUAAUUUGAUUACCAUUUUUCUGGCAAGCUUGCCUGCUUUUAAUAAAAGUUUGUGGCAUUAUUCUUGACCACAGAUUAUUUCACUGCAAAAGAAUGUUUCCAAAAUUUAAAGCUCAAUGCAAAAUUACUUGGAAAUGAUUCAUGCAUACAAAACUUAGUAAUAUAUUAUCAAAUUGAAGAAGAGACAUUUGAGUUAAGUGACGCCACAAUUCAAAGAGAGCAAUACAUCGAUGUGACCUUGUAGACAUGGACAGCAGGUGUGCCAUUUGUCUGUGUAAUAGUUCAUGCAGUGCCACCAAAUGCGAGGCUGGCUGGGUGGCUGUACUUGACAUUUCCUUACUUCAUUGUGUAGAAGAAAAGCUGCGCAGCUGCCAGAAAAUUGAGUUGGGUUGCAUCAUUUUUAGUUCGUAGCAAACAAAAGGUGGGAGAUGUAAAAGUGAGGUAUGAAACAGGAAAGGUUGCCAAAGAAAACAAGCAAGCUUAAAAUUGAAGCGACAGGCAGUACCACUUCCACUAGUGCCAUUGGACCUUUCAUUUUAGUAUCAUUCGAUUCAUUUGUGUUUGCUGCUAAAUUUGUGCAUUUGUUGAGCUCAAAGAAACAAUAUGUAGGGUGUGUGCACUGAUGUCUAAAGUCGUGGCUGCAUAUUGCUCUGAUCUCUAAUAAAUAUGCAUUGUUGGAAAGGAUUGUAAUGUUGAACAUUUGUCUCUGUGUUGUGACGAAGGUGAGGUGUUGCCAAGACCCAUAUUGUCAAAUAAAAGACAUGAUUCAAACAGUUA